CUGUCCUUACUGCGCCUGCGCUCAGAGGAGGUUGGGUCCUAUCUUCUUGAAGGCGAUGCUGUGGCGCUUCCUCUGAGGAAGAGAAAGAAGACGCGGGUGAAGGGGAUGAUUCCAUGAAUGUAUUUCAAAUGGUCGAAGCAACACCAGCACAUUGAAGUCUGUUAUGAAGAUCAGCAAGUGUCAAGAUGGAUGUAGGAAAGUGGCCAAUAUUUACACUGCUUUCACCUCAAGAAAUAUCAACUAUCCGUAAAGCAUGUGUCUUUGGAACUUCUGCCAAUGAAGCUAUAUAUAUUACCCACGAUGAUGAGGUUUUUGUAUUUGGGCUCAACUGUAGCAAUUGCCUAGGAACUGGAGAUAACCAAAGCACUAUUGUACCAAAGAAGCUUGAAAGUUUAUCUGGAAAGCGGAUUCGCAGUCUGAGUUAUGGAAGUGGGCCUCAUGUAGUGCUCAGCACAGAAGACGGUGAAGUUUAUGCUUGGGGACAUAACGGAUAUAGUCAACUUGGAAAUGGGACCACCAAUCAGGGUGUCACACCUAUUCAAGUUUGUACCAAUUUAUUAAUCAAAAAGGUGAUUGAAGUGGCUUGUGGAUCCCAUCAUUCUUUAGCACUGUCCUCUGACGGUGAUGUAUAUGCUUGGGGCUAUAACAAUUGUGGCCAAGUUGGGUCUGGAUCAACAGCGAAUCAACCAACUCCUCGUAAAGUUUCCAAUUGUUUACAGACUAAAAUUGUGGUCAGCAUUGCAUGUGGCCAGACCUCCUCUGUAGCUGUAGUAGACAAUGGUGAGGUAUAUGGCUGGGGCUACAAUGGCAAUGGACAACUGGGUCUUGGAAAUAAUGGCAACCAGUUAACACCAUGCCGAGUGGCUGCUCUCCAAGGCGUUUGUAUCAUGCAGAUUGCCUGUGGCUAUGCACACACAUUAGCACUAACUGAUGAGGGCUUAAUGUAUUCCUGGGGCGCUAACACUUACGGGCAGCUUGGGACUGGCAACAAAAGCAACCAGCUAAGCCCCGGGCAGAUCCUGAUGGAAAAGGAGAGGGUUGUAGAGAUUGCUGCUUGCCACUCUGCUCACACUUCUGCUGCCAAGACACAGAGUGGCCUAGUCUACAUGUGGGGUCAGUGCCGAGGGCAGUCGGUGGUUCUCCCACAUGUGACCCACUUUUCUUGCACAGAUGACGUCUUUGCAUGCUUUUCUACUCCUGCCGUGAUGUGGCGUCUCCUCUCAGUAGAGCAUGAAGACUUCUUAACAGUGACAGAAUCUCUCAAAAGAGAAUUUGAUAGCCCUGAAACCUCAGAUUUAAAAUUUAGAGUUGAUGGAAAGUUCAUCUAUGUGCAUAAAGCUGUCUUGAAAAUCAGGUGUGAACACUUCCGCACUAUGUUUCAGUCGUACUGGAAUGAGGACAUGAAGGAAGUGAUAGAAAUAGACCAGUUUUCCUACCCGGUAUACCGUGCUUUUCUUGAGUACCUGUACACAGACAGCGUUGAUCUACCGCCUGAAGAUGCCAUAGGGCUUUUGGAUUUGGCGACAUCGUACUGUGAAAACCGAUUGAAAAAACUGUGUCAGCAUCUCAUCAAAAGAGGGAUCACGGUGGAAAAUGCUUUCUCGUUGCUCUCUGCAGCAGUGCGCUACGAUGCAGAGGACUUAGAAGAAUUCUGCUUUAAGUUUUGUGUCAAUCACUUGACGGAAGUCACUCAGACUGCAGCCUUUUGGCAAAUGGAUGGUUCUCUGCUAAAGGAAUUCAUUGCUAAAGCCAGUAAAUACGGAGCAUUUAAAAACUGAAGGAUAUUAAGGACUGACUGGUACUGUGGUUGCUGGUGUGAUUUCAUGCACCUUUCUCUUUUGUGAUUGUCAGUGAAAAUACAUGUUGUAAAAAUCAUUUCUUUUUCAGCUGGGCUGUAUAGGAACUCCAGAUCAAGCACUGAGUGCUUUAUUUGGCUUAGGGUGCUCUACAUAGUUUUGAGCAGCUUUGAGGAAAGGAAUUGUGAAAAAGACCUAAAUGGAAAAGGGUUGAGGAAAAGGAGACAGUGUUCUGCUGCCAGAGGCUGUUUCUCCAAUCGUGGCCUAUUGACUAACUAGAGAUGGCCACUGUGGUAAUUCUCCAAUUACUCCUUCUAAGCACUAUCAAGACAGCUGGAACUGAGAUGUUUCUCCACAUUGAAUGAUAUGAAAGUGGGAAAAUGCAGUAUUGUUUUGUGCAUUCGGUCCAUUCAAUUCAAUGAAAUAUUUAUGACCAAUGAGUACCAAAGAACUUCAUUGGUUCAUAAAACAAUUAAGUGUAUUUGAGUUUGUACAAUUUAGCUUUUUUUUUUAAAGAGCAGGAAAUGAUAUAAAAAGAAAGAUAGGGGAUAAUUAUUUCAUAAUCUAAUUGGAAUUGAGUGUUCCUACUAUACCUCUUUUAAGAGUUCAUCAAAUUGAGAGGAAAGAACUGUUGCCUUGUGGCAGCGGUAGGGACUCAACAAAACCAAGUGAUUGUUGGAAAACCAUUUUACAUUGCAAUUAUGUAUCUGUAUAUUCUAUGCAAUUAUAGAAAUUAUGUAUUAAAAUCUGUUUGCAAACUGUGUUCUAAAUUUAUCUAUUAAAAGAAUAUGUCAAAUUA